AUGCUGGGCUGGUGUGAAGCGAUAGCGCGUAACCCUCGCAGGAUCCCUAACAACACGCGGACCCCCGAGGGCUCAGAGGAAUGGGCUGAUGCUUCGCAAACCUCCACACUGAAUGACAAAUCCCCAGGGCGAUCUGCAAGUCGAUCAAGUAAUAUUUCAAAAGCGAGCAGCCCGACCACAGGGACAGCUCCCAGGAGCCAGUCAAGGUUGUCUGUCUGUCCAUCCACUCAGGACAUCUGCAGGAUCUGUCACUGCGAAGGGGAUGAGGGGAGUCCGCUCAUCACGCCCUGCCGCUGCACGGGCACCCUGCGCUUCGUGCACCAGGCCUGCCUCCACCAGUGGAUCAAAAGCUCCGACACGCGCUGCUGUGAGCUGUGCAAGUACGACUUCAUCAUGGAGACCAAGCUCAAGCCCCUCCGCAAGUGGGAGAAACUGCAGAUGACCAGGAGUGAGAGGAGGAAGAUAUUCUGCUCUGUCACCUUCCACGUCAUUGCCAUCACCUGCGUGGUCUGGUCUUUGUACGUGUUGAUUGAUCGGACAGCGGAGGAAAUCAAGCAAGGCAAUGAUAAUGGUGUCCUUGAAUGGCCAUUUUGGACAAAACUGGUUGUGGUGGCCAUCGGCUUCACGGGAGGUUUGGUCUUCAUGUACGUACAGUGCAAGGUCUACGUUCAGCUGUGGCGCAGGCUGAAGGCCUACAACCGUGUGAUCUUUGUGCAGAACUGCCCCGACACGGCCAAGAGGCUGGAGAAGAACUGCUCCUGCACGGUGAACACGGAUGCCAAGGACGCCGGGGCAGUGCCUGCCUUACAAACGGGGACCAAUGCACUGCCACCUUCGGAGGGCGGCCCCCCCGAAGUCAUACCUGUGUGA